AUGGCACACACAUCAGGCGUAACGCCCUUAUAUCAGGUCUACAAACCACCGUUUACUGUCGAAUCACCAGGCUACGAGAAAAGACCCGACGAAACCAUCCCGCGUCGACACCCUCGAGCUCGUGAUGGUCUCAUUGAACGACCUGCCGACGAUGUAUACACAGUUUUUGACAUUGUUCGUCGCAGCGCGCGAUUGUAUCCGGACAGCAGGGCUGUAGGCUGGCGUAAGCUUAUCAAGCUCCAUAAAGAAACAACAAAGGUCGAAAAAAAGGUUGAUGGCAAGGUCCAGCUUGUGGAUAAGGAGUGGACCUAUUUCGAGUUGACACCGUUUUCGUUUUAUACCUACAAAGAGUAUGAACAACACUGCCUGCAACUUGGCUCAGGAUUACGAAAGCUCGGAAUGGAAGCUGGGAAUAAGUUGUUCCUAUUUGCAUCUUCAAGUGCACAAUGGAUAGCCACAUCUCAUAGCUGUGUUACACAGUCCAUCUCGAUUGUCACAGCCUAUGACUCUCUUGGGCAAAGUGGCCUGGAACACAGUCUUCUUCAAAGUCAAGCUGAAGUCUUGUACAUUGAUCCAUAUCUCCUCAAGACAGCGACUGAACCGUUGAAGAAGUCAAAGGUUCACACCAUCAUCGUCAACGAGGCAUCUAUUUUUGGCGGCCUCGAAAUCGUGGAAGCUUUCAAAUCUGCAAACCCAAACUUCAAAGUCAUUAGUUUCGACGAAGUGUGCGAAUUGGGCAAAAGCACCCCUGUAGAUCCAGUGUUUCCCAAACCGGAUGAUCUGUAUUGUGUUAUGUACACCUCAGGCUCUGGUGGAGUUCCCAAAGGUGUGCGAAUCGCUCAUAGGAACUUGGUUGCAGGAGUUGCUGGACUAUACGUAUGCGUCGCAGAUUGCGUCACCCACAACGACGUUCUUCUCGCCUAUCUUCCACUGGCUCACGUCCUAGAAAUGGCCCUUGAAAAUCUCGGAAUGUUCUUUGGAGGCACGGUCGGCUAUGGAAACCCCCGAACAGUCUCCGAUACCUCUGUUAGGAACUGCGCGGGAGAUAUGAGGGCACUGAAACCUACAGUCAUGCCCGGAGUGCCACAAGUCUAUGAGACGAUCAGAAAGGGCAUCAUGACACGAUUGAACAGCAGUGUUUUGCUCAAGACUCUGUUCUGGCGUGCCUUUGCUUACAAGAGCGUCAUGGUAAAGCAUAACUUGCCUGGCGCAUUGCUGCUCGAUGGGAUUGUCUUUGGUAAGAUCCGUGAGAUGACUGGUGGCAAAAUCCGAUUUCUGUUCAACGGUGGUAGUCCCAUUUCGCUCUCAACAAAGCACUUCCUCUCUAUGGCACUUGCUCCUAUGUUUACAGGCUAUGGUCUCACGGAAACCUGUGCAGUCGGUGCUUUGGGCUCUCCUCUAGAAUUUACACUGCACUCCAUAGGAACAGUCCCAGCCUCCGCAGAAGUCAAAUUGGUCUCGGUUCCUGAAUUCGGCUAUUUGGCAGAUGCAGAUACACCUCAGGGAGAGAUACUGAUCAAAGGCCCUGCAGUCAUGAUGGGGUACUAUGAGAAUGAAGAAGAAACAAAGAGAAGUUUCACCGACGAUGGCUGGUUCAAGACCGGAGAUGUCGGGGAGUUUGACUCCGAUGGGCAUCUCCGCAUUAUCGACCGUAUUAAGAACAUUGUGAAACUCCUGAGCGGUGAGUAUGUCGCUCUGGAAAAGUUGGACUCAAUCUACCGCGGCGCCCAAGGCGUUAUGAACGCGAUGGCAUAUGCCGACUCUCUACACGCUCGACCUAUCGCUGUCGUCAUGCCCAACGAGACGGUUUUAGCUAGCAUCGCCAAAGACCUAGGCGUUGACGAACACAGUAUUUAUACUGAUAACAAGGUACGCCAAGCCUUGCUCAAAGAUCUUCAAGCGACUGGCAGACGGGCUGGCUUGUCGAGCAUGGAAAUUGUGGCCGCUGUUGUCAUCACCCAUGAGGAGUGGACUCCUGCUAGUGGUCUCGUUACCGCAACGCAAAAGCUAAAUCGACGUGCGAUCAACGCCCGCUACAAGACGGAGAUUGAUAAGGCGUUGGAACAGGCUUGA